AUGAGACUCCCCACCACCACGACCAGCGCCGCCAUCCUAGCCCUCAUGGCCUCGCCGUCCUCCUCCGCAGCCACGCCAGAGAAACAGCAGCAACGCACCUACCCAGCCCGCACCAUCUACCAGUUCACCAACAAUGCCACCUGGAUCGAAAACAUCGCCGUACGACCCAACGGCAACCUGCUGCUGACGCUGCUCGACCCAGCCGCCGAGCUGCACGAGAUCGUCUUCAACAAUAAUGACAACUCAGCAGAAGCGCGUCUGCUCCACCGCUUCGCGGCCUACCAAAGCCUCCUCGGCAUCGCCGAGACGAGCCCCGACGCCUUCGCCCUCGUCGCAGGCAACUACACGACCAGCCCACCGUCCUGGGCGCUCUGGGGGGUCGAUUUCACGGACGCCGACGCCAGCGCCAACGCCAGCGCCAGUGUGAAGGUCAACGAGCUUGUCCCCGCCGUGCCUGGCGGUAAGGUCCUGAAUGGGUUGACGACUGUUCGCCAAUCUACCUCUUCACCUUCUGAUAACGGUGAUGAUGGCACCGCCAUCCUCCUCAUGUCCGACAGCACCGCCGGCACCGUCCUGCGCGUCACGCUAUCUUCUCCACCAGGCAUCGCCGUCGUGCUGCCCGCAGACAAUCGCACCACCUCGCCGCCGCCUGACGACCCCAGCCACGCAACCGGCGUCAACGGCGUGCGGUAUCGGGAUGGGUACUUGUACUUCGCGAACAUGUACCGCGAGUUGUUCUGCCGCGUGCGUGUUAAUGCGGAGGGCGAGGUGACGGGGCAAGUUGAGGUUUUGGCGGAGGGAGGGUUCAAGGGGGAUGAUCUUGUGUUGAGGUGGGAGGGAGGUGAGCAAGUGGCGUAUGUGAUGGAUGGGGUGGAUGGGGAGGUGGUGAGGGUGGUGGUUGGGAGUGGGGAGAAGGAGGUGGUGGCGUUGUUGGAUGAAGGGGGUGAGGCGGUGGGGGUGAAGCCGACGGCGGCGGCGUGGGGGAGGAGGGCCGGGGUGGAUGAGGAUGUGUUGUAUGUGGUGACGAGGGAUGGGAAGGUGUUGGCUGUGGAUUUGGGGUCGUGA